UGUAUGGUAGGGUGUAGACAUAACACUACACAUAACAUAAACUCUGUUCUAAAAGUAUUCAAAUAAAAUAAAUGAAAUUUUGUGUAAUUUCUAUGUGAGACAAUUGUUAAAAUCAAUGUAAAAUUUACGAAUUUUAAAUAAAGUGUCGUUUGUUAACUCAAAUGAGUACAUUCUAUUGAGUGUUGAUGUUGUUUUUUGUGUUUUUUUUUUAAAUAAUGAGUGAACACGCAAUUGCCAGUGCUCGUGCUAGUGUUAUGGUCUAUGAUGAUGUCAAUAAAAAAUGGAUACCAAGUGGUUCGUCUAGUGGGCUUAGUAAAGUACAUAUUUAUCAACAUCAAUCUCAGCAUACCUUUCGGGUUGUUGGAAGAAAACUUCAGGACCAUGAGGUAGUCAUUAAUUGUGCUAUACUUAAAGGUUUGAAAUAUAAUCAAGCAACUCCUACAUUCCAUCAAUGGCGUGAUAAUAAACAAGUUUAUGGAUUAAAUUUCAGUUCACGUGAGGAUGCUGAUGCUUUUGCGCGUGCUAUGUUUCAUUCAUUAGAAAUUCUCAGUAAUGCACAAAAUAGACCAUUAAUUCCAAAUAAUACACAACCUGUUUAUGCAACAAAUGGUACUACUUAUGAAGAGGACAUGGGCUAUCGCACAAUGACACGUGAAGAUGUCGCUAUAAUACAAGAACGAAGGAUAUCUUCACAAUCAAUGUUAAAUUCACCACAAGGAGUACAAGCAAGUCCCCAAUCACCAGCUGGAUCAAUUGGAUCAACGGGCCAUCAUAGAGCGUCAAGUGCUCCUCCAGCUCCAAACCCACCCCCAUUAAGUCUUGCACCACCACCAGCUCCCCCUGCACCUCCUUUACCACCCAGUAAUCAUGGUCCCCCAGCUCCCCCACAUGCAGCUCCACCGACGAAUAUCGUUGCACAUAAUUCAUAUUCAACUCAGUGCCAAUAUGCGCCUCCAGCACCUCCACCUCAUGCUCCACAAUCUGGCUAUGUAUCCCAAUAUGCGACCUCCACAAUUGCCCCACCUGCAUCUCCAGCACAACAACCUCCAACAUCAACUAGUGUAACACCAUCAGUUGGAGUAGCACCACCCCCUCCACCUCAUGCUCCGUCUGCACAAAUAUCUGCAGGACCUCCACCGCCACCACCUCCACCAAUGGCCAAUAUGUCACGAUCUACAAGCUCAGAUGGACCAGAUACAAAUUCAUUAGCUGCUCAGUUACAAAAUGCAAGACUGAAAAGAAAUAAUAAACAAACCCCACCUCAAGCUCCACCACCUGUAACUGAAAAUAGCGGUUCUUCGACAAGUAGUGGUGGCAGCAAUUAUGGAACAAUUGGUCGUGGAGGCUCCGGUGGCGGUAUGGCAUCCAUGAUGGAUGAAAUGGCAAAGACAUUAGCCAGACGACGAGCUGCGUGCGAGAAAAAAGAUCCAGAUCCAGAAGUAGAUGAAAAGAAAUCAACUUGGGAGAAAACGAAUACACUUCCAAAUAACACAAAAUUCUGUGAAUCACCAAAAUCAACGCGAAAACGAUUUGGUUCUGCAUCCGAAGAAACUAUAUUAAAAGUAAAUGGUUUGGCUGUUGAUAAUGUUAAUUUGGCAACAUUUGCAUCAAUUAGUCCAGCUGAUUUAGAAAAUUUAAAACAUGAAAUUCUCAAAGAAGUCAAAAAGGAGAUAAACAAGACAAAACAAGAAAUUAUUGAAGCUUUCAAAUCGGAGUUAAAUCGAAGAUAAUUUUUAAUAAUGCGUGAUACCAAAAUGUGUUUGGUAAAUAAUAAAUAAUUUUACUAAUCGAAC